UACAUUACUGGCACACGGGUCAGGAGUGAGUGGUGUUGAGAAGGGCCUAGCUAGUGCAGAGACUACCCGAAAGCACGUACACAUCUCGGCUGGCUCUACAGCACAGGCUCUCUCUCCGAAAAAAAACUUUUCAGCACUCAGUCAACUUGCCACGCAAGAAGAGAGGCCCGCCGUGUCCACUUUUAGGAGCGACCUUGGAGAGAAAAGGGAAAGUCAAAACAAAGACAACCGCCAUAACCAUCAGGAGAAACUUUCAACGUGAAGAAGGAAUAGCUUAGCAACAGAGUCCCACUUCCUGAGGUGUAACGGAUCAAGCUCCUAUCACCGUGGAUAUGGACACGCAGCCACAAGGACAGCAUGCAGCCGUGCCAGUCUUUCAACCCCAGAAACCAUUGCAACCAGACAUGGGCCAUAACUCGCUGGCAAACUUCCAGAUUGAGAAGAAGAUUGGACGGGGCCAGUUCAGUGAGGUGUACAGGGCAAGGUACCUGUUAGACAACACGUCAAUGGCCCUGAAGAAAGUCCAGAUAUUCGACUUGAUGGAUGCCAAAGCUCGGCAAGAUUGCAUCAAAGAGAUAGAUCUCCUUAAGCAAUUGAACCACCCCAAUGUGAUAAAGUACCAUGCGUCUUUUAUUGAGGACAAUGAGCUGAACAUUGUGCUGGAGCUAGCGGAUGCAGGGGACCUCUCACGUAUGAUCAAGCACUUUAAGAAGCAGAGGAGGCUCAUCCCAGAGAGAACAGUGUGGAAAUACUUUGUCCAACUGUGCAGUGCUCUCGAACACAUGCACUCCCGGAGAGUGAUGCACAGAGAUAUCAAGCCAGCCAAUGUAUUCAUCACAGCUACAGGAGUAGUGAAACUAGGAGACUUGGGACUGGGACGAUUCUUCAGCUCCAAAACAACCGCCGCUCACUCACUAGUGGGUACUCCUUACUACAUGUCACCGGAGAGAAUACAUGAAAACGGAUACAACUUCAAAUCUGACAUCUGGUCGCUAGGAUGCCUGCUCUAUGAGAUGGCAGCCCUGCAGAGUCCAUUCUAUGGGGAUAAGAUGAACCUUUACUCCCUUUGUAAGAAGAUAGAACAGUGUGACUACCCCCCUCUUCCCUCAGAUCACUACUCAGAGGAGCUGAGGAACUUGGUAGAUAUGUGCAUCAACCCUGACCCGGAGAAGAGGCCGGACAUCACCUACGUGUACGACAUUGCCAAACACAUGCAGAACCUGACACAGGGCAGCUAAGCCCAGAGUUACACACAUAUAGCUUGCAGAACUCCUCCCCACUUCCCUCCUUGCUUUUCAUGCUGGACUCGUACAAAUCUAUCCGCUUUUAUACCAUAACUAACUCCAGAGUUUAGCGCCUUGUGAUAAGUAGUACGUGUAACAGAUUAAUUUUCAAGCUCAUGGUACAGUCUAUAACUGACACCCACACCUUUUCUGCCCUAGGAUAAAGAUUAGAGAGAUUAUAUGUUUUUGUCAGAUGGACCUCCCAUUUUCUUAGACUUCAAUAAUGUUACAGCACUGAAAAGCAAGUGUAUUGUAACUCACUAAUGUGUUUAUCCGCAAUGGCUUAAAAACGCAUAUCCUUUGUAUUUAUAUAUAGUGAAGUAAAGUUGUUCUUCAGCAGCUGCUAUGAGCAGAUGCUAUUUAAAGCAGAUAUUGGUAAAGUUAGGCUUUUCUUAUCAUCAAAAGAGUUAAUCAGUGCAAAUAUCAGGAACAUAUAAAAAUGACUUUGUGUGGUUUGGCGGCCAUCAUGAAACCUAUGGUCGGCAAACGGCACAAAAAAAAGAUCAUGAAAACUUUGAGAACAAUAGUAACAUUGGAGUGAAGAGAUUUUCACUCAAUGGCGGCAAAACUGAGAGACGCAACAGAGUGUUAUUGGUUGAAGCGUUCUUGUGUUGCACUUUUUAUCUUGGUACUGGAAGGCUGGCAGGGUGAUCAUGUCUAAUGAAUGUAUUAGGAAAGGAAGGAUCAUUUAGAGGGUAGCGUACAGACGUGCCGGGGGGAGAACAUGGGCAAAUGUCUCCACAACACUUUGAAUGUAAGUCAUUUUGACACCUAUGUAUUGUCUUUGAAAAAAUCUGAAUGUCUCUGUUUUGACAGCCUAGAAGGAGUUGUAGAAGCUUUAACAAAAGCUGUUUUACUUCUUCUGUUUACCUUAGUCACUGACACCAAAAGAUUUCCUUCUUGGCUCAACUUAAAGGGAUAGUUUGGAUAUUUUGAAGUGGGGAUGUAUGAGGCACUUAUCCACAGUCAGUGUAUUACCUACAGUAUAUUGUGGCUGGCACGCUCCCAGUUUGGAGAAGCAGACAGGAGUACCGACACUGCUAAGCAAUACUGCUAUGGACGGGGGUUGCAGCAAAAUGUAUUUGAGAUAAGAUAGGAGCACCUAAAAAAUUAUUUUAUUAUUUUCACCGUUUUACCUUGCCAUUGUAUACUGUACAUCUACGCUCUCUUCAAAGAUACCAGACUCCUUUGACAGAAACUGUAAUUUACCUCACAGAACAUGGGAGUUGCUGGUCUACUGCUGCCUCAAUCGGUUAGUUUGUUUGUGUUAUUGUGUGACUUUGGUGACUCCGAACUAACCCUUUAGAACACUAGUAAUACACUGACUAUGGAUAAGUUCCUCAUAAAACCCCACUUCAAAUAUCCAAACUAUCCCUUUAAGCAAGGUAUCUUUUUAAAUCACAAUGAAGACAUAAAGAAAAAAAAAUCAAAACACAUAGUUCUCAAUCGUGGUCCAGUGGCUGCAUUUGACCCACCAGAAAGUUAGUCUAUGUGGACAAAAUUGUGUAACCGUUAAUGUUGCUGUCUAAGUUUGCAGUGUAGUUGUCUUGUUAAGUAACAAAUAUGUUGAAGAGAUAGCAGAUCCUUACCUUGUGUUGCCGUCCAGGUCGUUGGUAAAUCACAGCGUGCCUACCUAACUUGUCCUCAGUUGAGAUACCAAAGAUAAAAGUCACGCAUAGAGAGAGCAGUUUAUAUAUAUAUAUAUGUUAUGGUAUCUUUUAUGAGAAGUAUAUCAAGGAGUUGUACUGAAAAAAAACAAGCACCAAUGGGACUCAUUUUGUUUUACUGUACAUAGCGAACAAGUUCCUAUAGAUUUAAUACUGUAGGGGUUUAGGAACCCUUUAUUCAUCUGGAGGAAGGAAACAGUGGUAUCUAUGAAUAUUUUUAUUUUUAAUACAGUGAAUAGGUUUACACCAGCACUGACUACCACUGGUUUACAUAAUGACAAUGACACCACAUGAAAGGUAUAGUAUGUAAACAUUGAUCAAUAACGCUUUAUUUCAGUGUCUUAUCAAUUCUCUUUUAACAUUAUCAAAUAGCCUGAUAACCGCUCGUAUAAAUUAUUGUAUGCUCGUGUUUCUCAUGUUUUGUUUUUUAAAGAAUUAACAACCAAUACUAUUAAAAUGUGUUCUAUAAAUAAAUCAAAGCUUAUAGAUGCAAGAAAAUGUAAGUUAUUUAGUUUUUGGUCAGCAGAAUAUUUUGAUAGUGUGUUGAUAGUAGUUAUAUUGUCUGAGACUUACAGAUACAGUGUUUGCAGUUUUUGUUUGCAAUUGUACAUCUUGUUUUCUCCCCCCCACCCUGCAGUCAAACUUUUUUUUUUUUGCUAUUUCAAUUAUGUUGAUUUUUCAUCUUCUUCACCCACAGUGCUGUUCAUCUUUUAUCUCUACAUUCUCUAGACAAGAGAAUCUGUAUAGCACCGAAACAUUUCAGUAUUUUUUUAGAUAUUGAGUUUUGAUCCUAUACAGAACUCCCUAAAUAAAUUGGUAGUAUUUAAAAGUGAAAUACCAAACAAGUAAUGCCCUUUUACAACAACAAAAAGUUAAUAAUAUUGAACCAAAUGUAUAUAUCAUACUUUUAUCCGUCGCCUUGUUAAGAACAUGCAUUAUGUGAUGUCAUGUUUUUUUUUUUUUUUUUUUAAAUCCUCAAUUGGAGGAGGUUUAUGUCACUUUACGGAUUAUGGCCAUUUCUUGUGUAGUGAGUGUUUUUUUUUUGUCUUUAUGUAACAUAUGUCAGUGCUCUCUUGUGUCCCAGCCUUUUACCUCGGCUCAGUUUACUUUUCCACAUGUCCUCUGAAGUUAGUAUUAAAGUGUUCUGUUUUUCCUGGAAAGUCAAAUAUUGCAAAUACUAUUUAUUGUUUUGGUAGUUUGGUUGUUUUUCUCAACAUUUCAUGUCAACUUAAAGACCUUCAUCACAAACGCCUUGUAUGCAAACUAAAUACAAUAAAGCUUUUAAAUUCUG